ACCGGGAAGCAGCUCCACGGAAACGGUUCAUCCCGAUUGAAGAACGACACCAGCGGCUACACAGAUGGCGGAUUACCCCUGACACCGGAAAGGACUCGCUGUGAAUGAAUGUUCGACACUCUGGAGAGGCGGCUGGUGACACAAACGCGAUGUUAGACAGAUAUUAACGGAAUUUAUGCUAACGAGCUAGCAGCUAACUGCGCCUCUCUAUCCGGUUUACGGUAGUGAUCGGCUUUCACCGCUGCGGAGGAAUAUGAAGAAGUUUAACAUUAGGAAGGUGCUGGACGGCCUGACAGCGGCUUCUUCCUCCUCCUCCUCCUCUCCCUCUGCCACGCAGACCGGGGCUCAGAACGACCCGGUCCCGGAGGUCCUGCAGUCCGACCACUUCCAGCUCUGUAAGACGGUGCGUCAUGGCUUCCCCUACCAGCCGUCCUCCAUGGCCUUUGACCCGGUGCAGAAGGUCCUGGCGGUGGGGACUCAGUCCGGAGCUCUGAGGCUUUUUGGCCGUGCAGGCGUGGAGUGUUACUGUCAACACGAGAGCGGAGCGGCCGUCAUCCAGCUGCAGUUCCUGAUCAACGAGGGCGCGCUGGUGAGUGCGUUGGCUGAUGACAGCAUCCACCUGUGGAACCUGAGGCAGAAGAUCCCUGCUGUGCUGCACUCGCUCAAGUUCAACAGGGAGAGAAUCACAUACUGCCACCUGCCCUUCCAGAGCAAAUGGCUGUACAUUGGCACAGAAAGAGGGAACAUCCACAUCGUCAACGUGGAGUCGUUCACCCUCUCAGGCUACGUCAUCAUGUGGAACAAAGCCAUCGAACUAUCCACAAAGACUCACCCCGGCCCUGUGGUGCACAUCAGUGAUAACCCCAUGGACGAAGGAAAGCUCCUCAUUGGGUUUGAGUGUGGGGUCGUGGUGCUGUGGGAUCUGAAGUGCAAGAAAGCCGACUGCCGCUACACGUAUGACGAGGCGAUCCACUCGGUAGCGUGGCACCACGAGGGGAAGCAGUUUGUCUGCAGCCACUCUGACGGCACGCUGACAACGUGGAACAUACGAGCUCAGACCAAACCUCAGAUCAUCACUCCUCAUGGAAAGCAGCCGAAAGAUGGGAAGAAACCAGAACCGUGCAAACCCAUCCUGAAAGUGGAGUACAAAACCACCAGGGCGGGGGACCCAUUCAUGGUGCUGUCGGGGGGGCUGUCGUAUGACACGGUGGGCCGGAGGGCGUGUCUGACGGUGAUGCAUGGGAAGAGCACGGCGGUGCUGGAAAUGGAUUUCCCCAUUGUGGACUUCCUGACGCUCUGCGAGACGCCGUACCCCAACGACUUCCAGGAGCCGUACGCUGUGCUGGUUCUCCUGGAGAAGGAUUUAGUGUUAAUAGACCUCGGACAGAUCGGGUACCCGAUCUUUGAGAACCCGUACCCCCUGACGAUCCACGAGUCCCCGGUGACCUGCUGUGAAUACUUCGUGGACUGUCCGGCCGAGCUGAUCCCAGCGCUGUACUCUGUGGGCAGCCGGCAGAAGAGGCAGGGCUUCAGCAAGAAGGAAUGGCCCAUCAGUGGGGGGAACUGGGGGCAGGGCACCCAGAGUUACCCAGAGGUCAUCAUCACCGGACAUGCUGACGGGUCGAUCAAGUUCUGGGAUGCUUCUGCACUGAUGCUGCAGGUUCUGUACAAGCUGAAGACGGCCAAGGUGUUCGAGCGCGCCCGGCGGUCGGAGGAGAAGGCGGGGUCAGAGAUCGUGGACGAGGAUCCGUUCGCCAUCCAGACGCUCAGCUGGUGUCCGGAGAGCAGGAUGCUGUGCGUGGCCGGAGUCUCCGCUCACAUCAUCGUCUACAGGUUCAGCAAACAGGAAGUCACCACCGACACCGUGCAGCUGCUGGAGGUGAGGAUGCAGAGUGAGUUCAGUGAAGGUGACUCUCCAGAUCCAGCAGGGGAUCAGACCCCCACUCUGCCCACCCCCUCCAGCCCUCAGGAAGUCGAGCCCCCCCCACAGACCCCCAACUCCGACGGGCCCCGGGACAACAUACCCUGCCUGCAGGUGCGCUCCUCCCCCCUGAAACAGUCUCCCGGUUUCCAGGUGGAGCUGGUGGUCCAGCUGCUGUGGGUGAGCGGGGAGCCCCCCCAACCAAUCACCAGCCUCGCUGUCAACUCCUCGUACGGCCUCGUGGUGUUGGGGAACAGCAGCGGCCUCGCUGUGGUCGACUUCCUGCAGAAGACUCUGCUGCUCAACAUGGGAACCUCGGAGCUGUGCAGCCCGGCGGACCCCCCCCUGAGGCAGCCCAGGUCCCCCCGCAAGACCAGGCAGAUCUCCACAGCAGCCAGCGACUCCAUGGACGGCUCCAACACCUCGGAGGACCGCUGCAAAUCCCCCACUUCAGGCUCCACGUCGCCGUGCAACUCUGACGACGAGCGGAAGCACAGGUUCAUAGAGAAGGUGAAGUCUAAGAGCAGACGCUUUUCCAAGACGGUUGCCAAUGACUUUGCCAGGAUGUCUCGGAAAAUUAGCUCGUCUGGUGAGCAAAAGUCAGAUCUGGCGGAGCGGCGGGUCCCGCCCCGGCACUCGCCCACCUGUAAGCAGCCUCUCAGUUGUGUGAAUGAAGGCGUUGCUGCAGCCGGGACAAACUGGGCCUUCUUUAGAACUAAGUCUGCCCCCCCCAGCAAAGCAAACGCCUCGUUCACUCGCUCCCGCAGCUCCAGUGUCAGCAGCAUCGACCGCGAGUCCCGGGAGGUUAUCUCCUCUUUCUGCUUCUGCGAGAGCUUUCCCAAGAAGGGGGAGGGGUCUCUGGGCCCCUGUCUGCUGCUGGGGACCUCGCAGGGCUCCGUCAUCAUGGUGGCCCUCAGCCUGCCCCCCACCGGAGAGUCCCGGCUGCAGCAGCCUGUGGGCAUCGCCUCCUGUGGCUCCCUGGUCACCCUAAAGGGGGGGAUCCUCACGAUGGCGCUGCUGGAUUCGAGUGGCUCCCUGCUGCCCCCCCCGUCCGAGCAGUGGUACGACCCGAACGGCUCGGAGGAGGAGCGGGAGAAGAGGCGACGCCGGCCGGCCUCCCCCACCUCCCCGGUGGAGGGGCAGGACUCCCAGUUCCUUGUGCUGUGCUCGGAGAAGCAGGCCAAGGUGCUGGCCCUGCCCUCCCAGACCCGGGUCCACAAGCACAGCAUCACCGAGAGCUCCUUCGUGCUGCGCGCAGACGUGGUCACCGUGGGGGGCGGCAACUGCAUCGCAUGCUUCUGUGCCAACGGACACAUCAUGACCCUCAGUCUGCCCAGCUUGCGCCCCCCUGCUGACGUGAACUACCUUCCUCUGACGGACAUGAGGAUUGCCCGCACCUUCUGCUUCUCUCACCUGGGCCAGGCCCUCUACCUGACCUCCCCCACGGAGAUCCAGAGGAUCACCUACAGCCAGGACACCUGCGAACACAGACAGGAGAUGCUGAGUGAGCUGUUCACCCCGGUGGAGACCCCCGAGGCCCCCAACAGAGGGUUCUUCAAAGGUCUGUUUGGAGGAGGGGCUCAGUCUCUGGACCGGGAGGACCUCUUCGGGGAGACGGGGGCGGGGAAGGCGUCCCGCAGCCUCGCUCAGCACAUCCCCGGCCCGGGGGGGAUGGAGGGGAUGAAGGGCGCGGCGUCGGGGGUGGUGGGGGAUCUGGCCCGGGCUCGCAUCGCUCUGGACGAGAGAGGACAGAAACUGGGGGAACUGGAGGACCGGACAGCCGCCAUGAUGGCCAGCGCCGACUCCUUCUCCAAACACGCCCACGAUAUGAUGCUGAAGUACAAAGAUAAGAAGUGGUAUCAGCUCUGAUGCAGCGCCGAGCCGGACUCUGAUCACAGCUGCAGGACGCUCUUCCUCCUCCUCUUCCUCCUAUCAGCACCAGAGAGAAGAGGCGGAGAGGAGGAGGAGCAGCUCAGAGCCUCUGAGGUCUCCUACCCUCGUAUAUAUCUCAUAAAUAUAUUUCUCUACACCUGCUGUCGGUCCGGAGAGGAAGGACUGUGUUCCUCUCCGGACUCAGAGGACAAAAGUCUGACGUCCUUCCAACCAAUCAGGACGUUUGUGAAGGAGGACCCAUCAGUGAAGUCUGUUCCUGCUUGAAAUGAUUCUCCUGUCCGUGCGUCUUUUCUUUGUGUCCCCAAGGAGCCUUUCAGACCCAGACCACGAGUCCCAGAGUGAGGGCUGCUAGUUCUCCUCCACCUUUAUUUCAAAAUAAGAGCCCAGCGCAGAGUGACUUUGCUUUAAUUUUAAAGGUUAUUUAUUGUGAAGGUAAAACAGAUAUGAAGUUGGAAUACCGGGCAUUGUUUUUGUGUUUGUGUUUGUUUGUUUGUUUUUGUCAAUGAAAUGCACAGAAAAGUGCUGAACUGUUUACCCCUGAUGAAGAGUUUACAUUAAUAUAUUAGGAGCGUUCAAGCACUGGAGAGACGUCCGUAAGAGAGGAGGCACUGCAGGGGAACAGGUGUCCCCAGGAAACCCCCCCACUAACACGUCUCCUGACAGGUUAAAUAUGCAAAUGAGGCGCAACGUGAUGCAGACUGUUGGAGAGUUUAGGAGAAACAAACUCCUAAAUGUGGUUUCUCUUUCCACUCGUCUGAAAUAAUGCGCCCAGAUAUCAGAAUGAAACACCUGUUCUUACCUGGGGUGUCUCUCCUCUUCAUGAUUAGUGUAAAUGUAUAUUUUGGUUAGUUUUAUUGUGAUGAAGAAUCUAUAAACGUGAUUAUUCUCAUGUAUCUUUUCCACAUUUACAGCUCUGUGUGUCUCUCUGCCUCAUGGUGUGUGUGUGUGUGUGUAUGUGUGUGUGUGUGUGUGUGUGUGUGUGUGUGUGUGUGUGUGUGUGUGUGUGUGUGUGUGCGCGCGUGCGCGCGCGCGCGUGUGCGCUGCUCUUUCUGUAGGAGCAUUAUCACUGGGGCUUUUAUUUUGAAAGGACAGACUGUCCAGGUUCCUGCCGGACACCAAAGAGUUGCUUCCUUUCACCCGGCUGUCUUCGACUGUAAAUCAAGAAGAGGAAGUGCUGGAGAGAAGAGAGUUCAAGAGUAUAUUUACCAAGAUUAGAUCAUGUGACGUCGGGCCUCGUGCGGGAAGAUCUAUCUGGAAGUUUCAGAGUACUCCUCAUUAAGUAUCUGAAUAUCUUGUUUAUUUUUCAGAUGUUUAUUUUCAGACUUUUUGAUAUUUUCAUGGAUUUUUGCUACAUUUAUUUUUCUGAAUUCUUUGGUUUAUUUUUCUCAUUUUUUUUCCAGAUGUGCAAACCUCUUUAAGCAUCCACAUCUGCUCUUAAUCAUUGGUAUUGGAAACAUGAUCAGCACAUGAGAUCCCCGUUUAUUUGCAAAUAUAAAGUAUAAACUACCAACAAAUGUGCGUAAAAAGCAGUAAAAGAAACCUUGUUAAUAAACUUCAAUAUGAGAUGCUCAGGUGUCAGUACAGAUAAAUAAAAUGCAUCCAAAUUCAGGAGGUUUUAUUUUCUGAACUACAUGGUAUUUAUUUAAUAAUCAUGACCUAAAAUAUAUAAUAUGAGUUUGAUUACAUCUUAUUUCAUAUUGAUAAUGGGCGUUUUUAAUCCCAGAAAUGAUUCAUAAAUAAGGAUAUAUGUUCCUGCAUGACGCCCACUGACUCACAAAUGGACAUUUCCGUACAUUUUUCUGGCAUUAAAUCCCAAAUAUAUACAGCUGUUCGCCAUACAUGGAUCCACCUGUACCUGGGUUUAUCCUCCUGCUGCUGAAGCGUGUGAAGGAGCAGCUCUGAGGGAUUGCACUGUUUUUGAUUUCAUUUGUUUGAUUUGAUCCUUUAUUUCCCUCUGUCUCUUUUGAUCUGGCUUUAAAAGGACCAAAACAUGACAGUAUGAUCUACUUCAUUUGCCAAUUAAUCAAUUAACGCUCCUCUCAGAUAUUAUAUUUAUAUAUUUGAAGAUGAAAAGAGGCUUAACUCCCAGCUGUGGUCGUGCAGGAGGCUAUGUAAUAAUAAUGAAAUGAUAUCGUUAUGCUUUAUGCAGAUGUGUUGCAGCGGUGUGUGAAGGAUGCAUGAUCUUCAGUGUGUGUUCCCCUCCUGCAGACGUGUGUGUUCCCCUGAACAAAGGUUACCUGUGUGAGAGAUUAAACAUGAUAUUUAUUUCUGUUUCCGUCCGAGAGAGCCGCCAAACAUCCCUCCGUCCCUCCGUCCUCUGGGAGGAAUAUCUGUGGAGUUGCAGUAUUUUCUCAUAUUAGGCACAUUUUUGUACAGUUUUAUUAAAAUCAAUUUCACAUGGAUGUCUCCGACUUAGUCUGCUGCCACAAACAGUUUGGACUGUAGAUACACAUAUAGAGAUAUUAUUGUGCAACGGAAAAUAAAUGUAAAACUGA